UAGCAGCUAAACAGCCGAUGGAUGCUUCAGUUCAGUGAAGCCCAGUUUAACCUCUCAGUGUCCAAAGAGCCGUAGAAAUACUGAACUCUGUCCCGAUUCUUCAGAUAUACAUCACCUUGUGGGAAAAGAUAAAAACUGCUCUGUUCUGGGAUUGCCCAAAAUGGCUCCGAAAAAGAAGAAACAAAGCAAAGAGCCGGGAGGCUCUGAGAAAGAAAAAGACAUGGAAAAGAGAGCAGAAAGAGAAGCACAGUUACAGAGACAGUUAGAGUCUCUGACCGAAACACGCAAUAAUCUAAGGAGGACGGUAGAACAACUACGAUGUGACAAUUUGCUUCUUCAAAAUGAGGUCGACCGGAUACGCAUGGAGACUCAAGAGUGCUUAUCAUAUAUGUCAAAGCUAACACAGAAGCACCAAGAUGAGAGUGUUGGUCUGAGUGAUCUGAGGCAAGAGAAGCUGGAAGAGCUCAAUAAAAAGAGAGAGGAGAUGGUGGAGAAACAUAAUGAGCAGGUCAAUGCCCUGAAAAACAAGAUUUUGGAGAAGGAGAGUGAGUUGGCUCAGCUGAAACUUGAAUCAGCUGAGCUUGGGGAUAUGAAGAGUCUGCGGCAGCAGCAGUUGGAUCGUAUAGCUGAGUUGGAGCAGGAGGUGGUAUCUGCACACUGCCGUUACUCUGAAACUCUUAAUACUCUGAAAGCGAACAGCUUCAUAGAGAAGGAGCAGCACAAGGCAGCAUCUAAAGUUACAGUGCGGGAGUACACACUCAAAGCUAACAAGGAAGCAUCUGUCUCUCUGCUGUCUUACAUACAGCAGGUGUUUGAGGAGAAUCAUCGUCUGCAUGAGGAACUGCAGCAGCUUAUCCAAAGAGCUCAAACUCUGCGCCACCACGAUCAGCUCCUGCAGAAGCAGCGCAGACAACUGCUGAUGGAGAAAAAGUUUGGGCAGGAGCUGCAGUGUGUGCGCAUCUCUAAAGCACAAGGGGCAUCAGCACAGGAGUCGCUGAUUAAAACUGACAGUUCCCUGGAUAAUAAACAAUAAGCCAUGAUUUGAUUAGUUUCAUGUUCAUCAGAUAGAGUAUACUGUACAGUAUAUGUUGAUAAUGCUGUAAUUUUAGCUCUUGAUUUUAACCUGAUAAAUAACAUAUGUUUUGUUCCAUUUCAAAUUUCAGCAUAAUUACAUCGUUAAUUUUUUGACAAGCUAUUUGCAUUAGUGUGUACAUAAGGAGUUAAAUCUCAAAUCAUAAUUAAAAUAGGGUGUUAUUUCUCCUAUUGCAAAAUAAAUUCCCCUCUUGUGGUGAUUUAGGCAAAAAAAAGAACAGAAUUGGACAGAAGGGUCUGUAUGUUCCCUAUCUGUGUUGCAAUUUUACAAUGCAACAAAUCACAGCUAGAACCAAUCAUACAUACAGUCGAAAUCAAGUCAAAUUUUAAUUUGUCAUAAACACAUACAUACAGAGUACGACAUGCAGUGAAAUGCUUUUUAUGUCUGUCCGUUAUUAUUCUAGCAUAAAAAGGAAUGAAAUUAAGGAUAAAAAUAUAA